UUAGGCCAAUGUGCAGGAAGUCAGGACUCUCAGAGCAAUCACAGGGAAAGCGAUGAACACUGCUCCAGUCAUUGUCUUCCUCAGCAUUCUCCUCCUCAGCAGAACUGCAGGAAGCCAUGAUGAAGGCACCUGGUCCAUGAAUGUUCCUUCAGAGGUUACUGGUCUGGUGGGCCACCCCGUGGUUUUCCCUUGUACUUUCACCCACCCACACCGACAACACCAUGACACCCUACAGGUAAUCUGGAAAGUGGGUGGCAUCCACAAUGGCAUGGUGGUGUUCCAGUGCACCACUCACAACAGCACAGGGAGCUGCCGGCCUGAGGUCAACUUGGACCAGCGCUACAAGCUGAUUGGGAAUCCGAAGGCACACGACCUGUCCAUGCAGCUGCACAACAUCACCUACAGGGAUUCCAACAAGUAUUUUUGCCGAGUGGAGAUGCCAGGUCAAGGGGGCGCCAAAUUUGAGAACAAGAUGGGAACUCACUUGCAUGUGGCAGCAGUCCCGAAGAUUGUAGACCUGUUGGUGCAGGGCAGUGGAGGAUCUGAGUACAAUGCAGUGUGCCGGGCCGAAGGACAUCCCCUGCCUAUAAUCACAUGGACAGGGCCAGACGAUCAACAGGAAAACAACGGAAAAGUACAGACAAACCUGGGACAGCAUGAAACUGUACAGGAGCUCCAGAAUCUGAGCAAGGAGGGCCGCUACACUUGCAUUGCAAGCAAUGAGUAUGGAAGUGACCGCGCCACCAUUUACUUCAUUCAUCACACCUACCGAAACUCAACCUACAUUCUACUGCUCAUGUGGAUCGCUUUGGGGGCCAAGUUCCUCAUCUUCCUCUUGCUGCUAGGGGGUAUGGCCUGGCAGUGGAACUCAGAUCAGACAGAAAUGGAAAAAAAGCUGUGUACUAAGAAGACGCCCAGUGAGGGCAAUUGACUCUGCCCCAUCCGGUUUCCCGCCUAUAGAGCCCAGAGCUACCGAAAGGAGGCGGUCAGUUGUGAACAGACUGCACUGGAGGACAGACAUUUUUACAACCUGAGAAAGAGAAAUGAAUCUUGUUAUCCUAGUCAGAUAGCUUUUCAGUUUUGACUUUUUUCUUUUGUUAUUUAUACUGGCGUGCAUAGCUGCCCUUUUUGUUAAAUUUCCUUGUACUGAAUCAAACGGAGACGACAACAUUUAUCUGUGGGACUUGCACUACCUUACUCAACCACAUUGUGUUAAUUAGUCUGAUUACUUUUUAAAGUAAUGAGUAACCUACUGUGUUAUUAUUAUUCUAUUAUUAUUCUAGCAGCACUGAGUGUAAGGUAAGAAGCACACAUACACGUACACACACAGCCAAGCAGAAAAGAACUUGCUGUAUACAUUCUGGUAACAGAAACCUAUAAAUAAAGUGUCAAUUUGAAUAAACAUUAAAACACACAAGAAAAUUA